AAGCUAUUUAUUUUGACAUAUUUGACAUUUAAGUGAUGACAAAAAAUGGGUUAUUUGUUAUGAUUUAAUUUAAGUAACCAUUUUUUUUAAAUUUGCUAAUUUUUGAUGAUAACUUUUUUAACUAGAGUUGUCUCACCAGAGGCAAAUGAGGGAUUACUACUAAAGCCUUCGUCUCUCACGCUAGUGUAUUUAAAUACGUAACCAGAAUUUAGUAUGAUAAUAAAAGGAGUUUCAAUUUGUUACUAAACAUCUUAAGUGCUAACAUGUUGGUCCAAAAAUCAUCAAUUGAUCAAGAAAAGCCCUUUGCCUGUGAUGUUAAAGGUUGUGAAAUGACUUUUACUAACAAAGAUCACUUAGAUUGGCAUCAAAAAAAGCAUGCAAUGAUGUUAAAUUUGGGAUUAGUGAACAAAAAUACUAUUAAUGAAGUAGCAGACCAAACGCCCACUCCAACUAGGUUUAUAAGAAAUUGUGAAGAAGUGGGAUUAUUUCAAGAUCUACAAAAUGUUAAUCCAUUUGAUGAGCUUUUCAAAAGAGCAAUCGAUUCUGUUAAAAAUGGUACUGCGUUGGAAGUGCAGGAACAUAAUUCUAAUGAAUCUUUACAUACCCCACACAUAUUACCUCAUAUUACAGACAACCAACGAAAAAUAUCAGAAGCCGCUCCAAAAAAUGAAAGUGACUGUGAAUCAUUCAUGUUUCAUACUGUGAAUGAAGAUACUUCAUCUAGUUCGCCAAAUAUUGUUGUGGAUAAUGCUCAUGAAGAUUUAAAAGAAAAAAUUAGGAAAACAAUUCGAAAUAAUAUAAAAAAGGAAAAAUCAGUGGAGGAAGAAAAUAAGUUUGUGACAGUUGUGCCUUUGAAAUCUUUGUCAAGUAAAGAUAUGAUUCAAAAAGAAAAGAAAGCUGCAAAUAACAAGUUAGAAAAAAUUAGGGAGAUGAAUAAAGCUGCUCAAAAUAGGUGUCGUAAGAGAAAACGUCAACUUUGGAAGGAAAAGGAAGAAGAACUUAUACGUUUAAGGGAAGAAAAUGCUGUUUUAAAGCAAGAAUUGAAACUGCUUAAAUUACAGCACAGCAAAUGCCCCAAUCAAGGUGGUAUGCUGGCAUCAAUAAUUACAACAGAGUGUUCACAAGCAACAACAACUCCAACAUUAACUACUACAACAGCAGCAACAACAACAACAAAUGGACCACAAUCAGCUAUUCUCGUUCAGUUUGUUCAUAAUGGUCAAUUAUCUUUUGUACCAUCAGACUCUAUAUCACAACCAAUUUUAAGUCCAGUUAUACUUACAAACACUUCUGUGAUAAAAAAAGAUUCAAAGAAUCCUUUAAGAAAAAUUGUCCCCAAAAAAAUGUCUUGAUUAUACAUUGUAUUGUACAGAAAUGUUUCUGAAGAACAUAGAGUUUUUUUGUAAUAUACAGUAUUAGUGUGACCAACUAGCCCGAAAAAUCCGGGACAUGGCCCGAAUUACGAAGUCGUGUCCCGGACAAGGCUUCCGGGUCAUCCGAAUUUUCAACGGUUUAGUAAAAUUCUAUUUUCAAAUUUUGAACACGUUAUUCUUUUAAGAAUUCACAUCAAACUGAAUUGGUGGGACGAAAAAAAGUCGACAAUUUCUAAUAGUCGACCUAAACUAUCUGUCUAGUGUAAAGUGUAAAACUAAUACCACAUCAAAAACGCAUGCAUUUUAUUUCGUGGUAUUCUACAAAAUCUCUGGGGUUUUUCCGUUUCUGUAUUUUAAUUAUCGUCUUCUGAAAAGACGAUUUAAAAACAUGACAAUGUAAUUAUGAUAAUUAUAUUUUUAUAUUAACCUAAGGUUCUAUUUACAUUGAAGUCCAACAUCAGUUGAUUUUCAAAUUUUUCCUUCUUUGAGAACGAUUUCCGGAUUUGAAUCCGAAACGUCAAAAACUAACAAAAGUGUGAUUAUCAUUACAACCCAUCUCAUAAAAAAAAUUUUCAACAUAAAAAUGAUAAAUAAUCAAUAAAAUGAUUAAAGUUCUAUAUUUAAAAAAAAAAUGGCCCGAUUUUCAUGGAAUGUCCCGCAUUUUAGGUCUUUUUUUAGCCUUGUCCCGAAUUAGACUGAAUUGGAGUUGGUCACACUAAGUAUGGUGCAAAUGAAAGGAAUAAAUUCGUUAUCUCGUAAACCGGCGACUUUAAGGAAAAAUCCCGAAACAAGUCGAUUUUUAUUUUUAAAUUAUGAUAUUUUGGCUUAUAUCUGAUACUAGUGACGUCAUCCAUCUGGACGUGAUGACAUAAUCGAUUUUUUUAAAUGGGAAUAGGGGUCGUGUUUUAGCUCACUUAAAAGGUCAUUUAAUUCUCUGUUCAGUAAUAUAAGCAUUUGCAUAAUUGUUUGUACAGGGUGUACAAAAAAAAUUUUAAUUAAAUUAUUAGACAAAAAAAAACAAGAAGAAUGUGUAAUUUAUUUAACUCAAAAUACAUUUCACUGUUGCCCGAAAACAGAAGAAAAUGUUUAUUUCAGAAAUAUUAUUUUUCAAUUAAAUUCAAUGUUCAAGCCAGCUCCCGUCAGCCUCUUAAAAGUUUGAACAUUUAAUUUAAACGAAAAGCAAUGUUUAUUUGUAAUAUAAAUAUUUUUGUCUGAUUUCUGACAGCAGUAAAAUGUAUUCUGAAUUAAAUAAAUUAAAUACAUUCUUCUUUUUUAUCAAAUAAUUUAAUUUAAAAAAAAAUGUUUUUGGACAUGCUUUAUAAAUAAUUAUAUAAAUGUUUAUAUUACCAAAUAGAGAAUUGAAUAACCUUUCAAAUGAGCUAGCACACGACCCCUAUUCUCAUUUAAAAAAUCAUCGAUUACGUCAUCACGCCUAGAUGGAUUACGUCACUAGUAUGACAUAUAUGCCAAAGUAUCAUAUUUUAAAAAUAAAAAAUCGACCUGUUUCGGGAGUCUUUCCUUAAAGUCGCCGGUUUACGAAAUAACGAAUUUAUUCCUUUCAUUUUCACCAUACUGUAUAUUAUCUCUAUAAUCUCGCUUCUAGAUUUUUGUAGCAUGUUUAAAUGUUUCUGUUUGAUGUAAAUAAAAAGAGAAGAGAGGUUUUAAAUUAUACUCUUGUAUGCCGCUUCGCCAAAUUACACGAUAAUAUGAAAUAUUUACUUCCCUAAAUUAUUGAAAUAUUUACAUUGAAGAGUAGAGUUGAUUUUAUUGUCGAAUUUCUUGUUUUAAGUAAAAAAAACAUGAAAAUUUGUUAUUUUACUUUUUUACCCUUAAUAUAACUAAAAUGAGGGAAUUCUUCAAUUUGAAACCCUAGAGUGGUUGUUAUUUAGUCAGAAAUCAACAAAAAAGCAGCUGCCGUAUUCACUUUCUAUUUUCAAUGUGCAUUUUAGCCAUUUUUAUCAUGCAAGCAGUACAAAUCUAGAUUACCCUAUUUGCUGUUUUUAAUUGUCUUAAAUUUUUAUUUAUGCCUAUUAAAAACAAUUGGUUCCUAUUAAUUUAAAAAUAUUUAAUGUUAAUUAGAAACAUUCGGGCAUGCAAUGUUGCGUAUAUCAACGAUUUUACAUAUGAGUAUUAAGCAUUGUAGCAUCUUACCAACAGUAUCUCUAAUGUAACACUAAUGACAAGGUUUCUCCAAUGCAUAUUUUGCCCGCUCGGGAACAAUAUACAGUUUGAAAUAAACAACUCAUGUAUAUAUUUUACAAUUUAUAACUAUUUAUACAUUAUAUUUAUUAUAGAUGUGUGGUUGAUAUGUAUUUAUUAUUAGGUAUGUACAUUAACUUUAAAAAAAGAGGACUGAUCGGGAAAAUAAUAUUUGUAAAAGGUAUUGUUGUUUUGUUAAUAUUUUAUUUAAUUUUGUUUUAUAACUUAACAUUAAAUAAAAUGACAUUGAUUUAUCAAAUAUAAA